UUCUCAUUACUUCAAAUGUCAGCAUGCAACUAUCUUUACACAAUAAGAAGAAUCCAUCGGGUAUCUUCUGCUACAUUCUGUACCUUUUGUGAAUCAGUGAAAAGUUGAUAUGGAUAAGUACAUUUGUCCAGUGUUUCUGAUUUUGAUGGUAAAAAGCUCAGCAGUAAUUGGAGCAACAUUUGCUGAAGAUGCUAAAGCUACGAUACUUAACUACGACUAUCAGUUAAGAGACAAUGGAUACUUUCUCAAUUAUUCGACUAGCAAUGGAAUAACAAGAGUGGAGUAUGGAAUAUUGACCAAAGAUUUGAACAAUAAAAAUGACGAGGAUCAAAUUCUUCGAGUUUACGGAUAUUAUUCGUACUUUGGUGAAAAUAACAAACAAUAUCGAGUUACUUAUAGAGCAGACGAAAAUGGAUAUAGAACAUUUCAACAGCCACCAUCACCACCAUCAACCUAUGCCCCACGUGCUUAUGAAAUGACUUUUGGAGAGGGAAAAGAUGAACAAUCACACUCAAUUUCUUCAGCAGCUUUAGCCUCCCUCGGUGGAAAUUGAUUCAAAAUUCAGUUUAAAGAUUUCAGGGGCGUAUUUUUCAGAUCAAAAUAAGACUAUUUUUACAUAAACAUAACCUAUUUCAAACUUGAUCUCAAUUUCUCAACCCCUAAAAGAGUUAUGAAAAAAAAACUAAAAAAAUCUUGAAUUUUAACAGUCUGUAGCUCGGUAACGAAUCGUUUGAGAAUACAUGUUUAUGGAUAAAAAACUUUUUUUUUGACCUAAAAAAUACACCUCUAAAAUCUUGAUACUGAAUGUUGAAUCACCUGGUAUAUGUUGUCUAUUAGAUUUGUUCAUGUUUAAAACCAAAUUUUAUUCUGAAAAUAUGCCGAUAUAACAGAAAAUUACUAAAAUAUGCACAGUAAUUCAAAAAUGUCACAAAUAAGCAUUAAAAUA